UGCUGUGAAGGCUAUGGGUGGACGCCAUCUUGGAUUCACCCUUAGCAUCGUGUGCUCCUGUGCGUUAUGUUGAUUUCGCGCUGGUCAACUAUUAGCAAUUAUUGCCCUCGAGAUUGCCUCUGUAUAGCAAUUAACAGGUGUUGUUGAAGUCGACAGGACGGUUCUCGCCGACACGGCUCCAUAAUGCCGUAUAAGUUGAAGCGACGCUCGUACGUUCAUUUCUAGUGGACCGUAGUGAAAUUACGUUUGGUAUUGUGAUUGAAAUAUAAGCCCGUUUUGAGUGGCUGUAGUGCGACCGGAAAUUUGUUGACUUGUUACCUCGAUCAGUUUUUUAUCCGUGGGCCCUCAGUAGGAUAACAAGCACCAUGCACCGAUAAUAUGUGGCGCGGUUCGUUGAAGCCCACCGCAAUGUUCGUCCAAUAGUCAACUCGACCUUGAACUAAGCCUUUCUAGAAGCCAGGGUGGGGAUUGUGACAGACGUCGACAGAACGAGUUUAAGCUGUGGCUUUCGCACCAUCGACUAAGCCUUUCACCCGGCUGGUAACUCAAACGACAUGCAUUUGUCAGUUAUCUCAAAUCCUACUUCUCCACCGGACCAGCUCAGCUCCGAACUGGAGCCCAUGUCCUUAUCUGAAGAUGAAGAUCUGGCCAACAACAACGAGUGCUCAACGGCCGAUACCGCUGCAGAGCAUUCUUCCAUUUCGGGUUCAUCGUCAACUACAGAUUCGGAUCUUUCGUCUAACGUAAAUUUUGGAUUUUAUCAAAAUGGUAACUUAAACGAUUUAAGCAGCGGCGACACGGAGGAAACUGAGGAACUGAUCCGUAAAGCUGCCCAAGCCCUGCUCGACCGGACGCCAUUGCGUGCGCGGCAAUUAGCUCCGUCUCGCAGCCUUCACAGCAUACGGAACCAUAUUCAACCACAACCCUUACCACCAACAGACUACAGUCGACAGGUGCGCAUGAGACCCUGCAAUGAACGCGAAGAGAUUCGACAACGAUUGGCAAUGUUGGACAUCGACGAUGGAGAUCUACUUAUUCCACGAACUUCUGAGAGCUCUCCAGAAGACAUCAAGGUCGAGGCGAAGGCAGCAGAGGUUCGACCGCCUCGUAAAAGCCGAGUCCAACGGCCGACUUCAUUUCCAUGCCGGCGCAAACCCAUUCGGCUGGGCUGCAUGACGCCAAUCUGCACAGAUGAUCAGUCGUUCUCAGCUCGAAAGACGCGCUUGAUGGCGGAGGCGCGGCUGGCGUUGGCGCAGGCGCCCGAAGUUGCUCGACGCGAACUGAGCCGGCAGCGUGAACUACGAGCAUUGCAGAGGCGUAGUGCCGUUGCAUCUCUGCUGCUACCGCCGGGAGCCCGCCGUUUCACUCGGCCUGUCCUAUCCAAGAUGAGUGUGGCCAAAUUACAACUCAUUCUUAGUGACCUUCAGAGCCAGGUAGAACGAUUAAAUGAGGAGCUUGUCAAAUCGCUGCUCCAGCGCGAUGAGCUCAACAUGGAACGAGAUGGCAAGCUCGUCGACAUCGAGGACCUUGACAGGAUCGAACCCGACUGCAAUACAAGCCUUCUCAGCACGUUGGUUACUACAAUGUAGAUCAUAGGGAAACAACUACUGCACUGUCGUUAAAAAGCAGAAGCAGGCGCAGCAAGGAAAAUACCACAGAACAAAAGAAACGGGGGCAGACAGUACACAGAAGAUGACAAAACGCCGUCGAUCUGACCUUCGCUGAUCAACAUAAUGAACCACUAUUUAAGUGACAGUCAAAGAAGUAAACCCUGUUCUAUCUCGGAUAACUAUAAGCAGCGUUAUCGCUGUUACGAUUACGACUCGUAUGGUUAUUUUUCGAAAU